AAUCUUCGUUGGGGCGGGAGACAGGUGGCGGCGCAGGCGCAGGCCAAGUCUCGCGUGGGCCUGGACUUGCCGCCCCUUUGUUUUCCUGUCCGCUCCUCGCAGCUGUUCUAGUCCCGGGACCUGCGACCCUCGCGCCUGUUGCUCCCAGGCCCCGAAGGGAGGGAUCCAUCAUUUCCUGGAAAACAGCUGGGAAGCAAGCAGUGACCAUGAAAGGUCUGGCCUCGUCGCUCGGGGAGAGAGAUAUCCCUAUUCAAAAUUUUGUCUCCCUCCAAGAGAAGCCCACAGAAGAGCUGGGAAGAUUGAUAUCUGGCCUGUCAAGAGCCAGAGCUCAGGAGUCAUUGACUUUCAAGGAUGUUGCUGUGAAUUUCACCCGGGAAGAGUGGAGGCACCUGGACAUUGGUCAGAGGGACCUAUACAGGGAAGUUAUGCUGGAGAACUAUAGGAACCUGGUCUCAUUAGGGCAUCACAUUUCCAAACCAAAUAUGAUUACCCAGUUAGAAAAAGGAAGAGAGCCAUGGAUGAUAGAAAGUGGAACCUCAAGAUGCACUUGUUCAAACAGGGAAACUAGGCCUGAAGCCAAAGAUUCAGCUCCAAAGGAAGGCAUUUCCAAAGAGAACUCACACCAGGAAGGAAUCACCAUGAGUGGUCUCUGGUCUUCCAAAGUAGGAAAAACCUGGAAAUGUGAUAGUCAGUCAAAUUGUCAACAGGGAAUCCAGGAAAGACAAGUGAAACAAGUGGAAGUUACCCAGAAGAAAAACCUCACUGAGAAGAAAUUUCCUAAAUCUAAUAAAUUUCGAGUAAGCUACAGUCUGCACUCUGCUACGGCUUCUCAGGAAGUUUCUGUGGGACAGAAUUGUCAUAAAUGUGACAUGUGCAGAAAGAACUUCAAAGAGAAUUCUGGCCUAAUUAAACAUAAGAAAAUUUGUUCAGGGAAGAAACGCUUUGAAUGUAAUGAAUGUGAUAAAGCUUUCAGCCAGCGUGCACACCUUAUUCAGCAUCAGAGAAUUCAUACUGGAGAGAGACCCUAUGAAUGUAAUGAAUGUGGUAAAGCUUUUAGACGGACUAUAGACCUUACUCAACAUCAGAGGAUUCAUACUGGAGAAAAGCCCUAUGAAUGUAAUCAGUGUGAGAGAGCUUUUAGCCAGCGUGCACAUCUUAUUCAACAUCAGAGAAUCCAUACUGGAGAGAGACCCUAUGAAUGCAGUGAAUGUUCAAAAGCCUUUAGCUGGAGUACACAUCUUACUGAACAUCAGAAAAUUCAUACAGGAGAGAAACCCUAUGAAUGUAAUGAAUGUGGAAAAGCCUUCCGAAAAAGUACAGAUCUUAAUCGACAUCAAAGAAUUCAUACUGGAGAGAAACCCUAUGAAUGUAGUGAAUGUGAGAAAGCUUUUAGCCAGCGUGCACAUCUUACUCAACAUCAGAGGAUUCAUACUGGAGAGAAACCCUAUGAAUGCAAUGAAUGUGGGAAAACCUUCAGAUGGAGUACACACCUUACUCAACAUCAACGAAUCCAUACAGGAGAGAAACCCUAUGAAUGCAAUGAAUGUGGGAAAACUUUCCGUCGGAGUACUGAACUUACUCAACAUCAAAGAAUUCACACUGGAGAGAAGCCAUAUAAAUGUAAUGAAUGUGAGAAAGCCUUCAGCUGUAGGACACACCUUAUUCAUCAUAAAAGUACUCAUAGUGGAGAGAAACCUUAUGAAUGCAAUGAAUGUGGUAAAACCUUCAAUCGUAGUUCAUCGCUUACUCAACAUCAGAGGAUCCAUACUGGAGAGGAACCCUAAACCUGAUGUAGAUAUGGAAACACUUCUUAUGAGAGAUGAAUUGUUGCAUCAGAAAUUCACAUUUGAUGAGUGCUAAAAUAUAGGCAUUUGAUAUUUGUUUGCUUUUAAGAAUAAAAAAGUAACAUGACCAGCAUUAUAGCCAACCCAGCCUAAAAAAGAAGAUAACAUACUAGAAUAUAAAAAAGUACACCAAUUUAAGGUCAAAAACUCUAGGUUUGAUUUUCCUGGCUUUCCCUGGCUUUCUUGACACUGCAGCUCAUGGUGACAUUUUUUCCCUCACCCUUCUAUCCUGUUUCUUCCCCCUUCCCUCCCACUGGCCUAUAAUUAUAUUUAACUGGCUGAAUCUAUGACUUCAAAUUUUUGUUGUCUCUGUGUGGUGUAAUUCCUUUGCUCCCUGAGUUUUAUUUCCUACUUUCACUUAAUUAUUGAAUAUUUUGGUUCUGGUGCCCAACUUAUUCUUUCUUGCAUUGAACUAUAUUUUUUACUGAGGCAAGCCUGGCUAUUAAGUGUUGGCUUGCUAGAUUGGCUGAUUGAAUAUAACAGAGAACUCCUCUGGGUGUAUGAAAACUUUCAGCCAGAAUAUUUUACUCAAUAUCAGAAAAAUCGAUAUCAGAAAGAAACAAAAGCAUACUGAAUAUAUGAAAAGGACUUCAGAAUCAGCUCAACUUUUGAUAAAUGUUAUUGUGUUCAUAUUGGAGAGAAUUUCUAUGAAGAUAAUGUUUGAAACCCUUCUGCCAGAGUAUAUACCUUACUUAACAUCAAGGAAAUUAUACUGAUGAGGAAUUCUAUGUAUACAGUGAUUAAAAGCUUUCAAUUAUAGUUUAUCCCUUAUCUUUCAGUGGAGAGUAACCAUGACAAAGAUUCUGAAGAAGGGAAAUUUUUCAGACUUAAUCCUUAGUUCAUUAACUUGCAGUCAAGAUAUCAAUUUGUCACCCAUCAACUCUGAUUUUAUUUGGUAUAUUUUAAAGUAUGGGCUCAGCAUUAGUGUGUUAUCUUCCAUAAGUAACCAGCCUAGGUAAAUUCUGUGAAGGUCUUUACCAGAAAGUUGACUACCAGGUGAAAAAUUAAUUUGGUCACAAAACUCAUGAAGAUGAAAUGUAGGAUUAUAGACUGCAAUAUUGAAAUCAUUGAUCUAUGAAAAACUGGUGUAUUUUAAAGACGCUUUUUUUUUCCUUUUAAAAAAAUUUCUUUAAAUAUAAAUAGACUGCUGUCAGCUAACAGUAGAAUUUUGCAAAUCUGAGUGUGCUGGUCUGUUUACUUAGAAUAACCCUUAAGUUUAAGAUUUCUGGAAAAUGUAGGAAUAUGAGUGUAAAGCAACUAAAGCUUUUGAAACAACAGUGGGUCUGUAAAGAAACUUUUCAGAGCAAAGAACUGAACAGUCUGUUCUUACAUUUGUAGUAGGUUCCCUUACAGGAAAAUUAAAAUGAUUUAUAUUUAGUAUUAUUAUAUUUAGUAUUAUUAUAAGAAAGCAAUGUUAAAAUGUAGGGUUGGGAUUCAAGAUUCCUGACCAGAUGACUGUUGUCCAAAGUUUUUUAUAGAAAUGAUUACAAAUACUAUAUUUAAUCUAUUAUAAAUGCUAUAGAUGCAUGAUACCAAGUUUUCUAAAGUGUAUAUAAGUUGUUAAAUAGGACAACUCAGUGAUGUAUCAUUUAAAAUUGUAUUUUAUAUGAAAAAUUUAUUUUUGUGCAGACCAUUGAUUUCAUUAAUUGGAGAACUCCCUUUGUAGACUCUAACCCUAAUGAUGCAGAUCAACAACUUGUUUUUAACUUGAAUUUGUCAUGAGAUACUUGGAAAAUUGAGAGAGAAUGAUUUGUCCAUGAUUACAUAGUAUGUUCCAGAGGCAGGUCUUGAAUUUAAGUCUUCUGAAUCCUAAGACCAGCUACUCUGUCUACUACUUAUUACUUUCUCUCUGGCUUCUUUAUUAUUCCUAUAUUAUUUUAUAUGGCAGCAAAUCAGAAGGUGAAGGAACCUUUUCCCUAUAGUCAUGAAAUUCAGAAGGACUUUUGGGGAUAUGUUUAGAUACUUCUGAAAGGCUUUUGGGAAACAUAAGAAAAAUUUGAUGACCUUUCAAAAAACUGAUUCAGAAACUUUAUUUUUCUAUCCUUUUUUAUUCACUAUAAAUUUUCUUCUUUUAACAAGCAAGAGUGAUUUAAGUGAGAACAUAGCAUAAUGGAAACAGUUUGCAUCAAAGAAUUAAACUCAUGCCUAUGUAGUUGUGGGCAAAUUAUAGCCUCUCAAGAUCCUAGGCAACUUUCUAAGACAGCAAAUUGCAGAGUUGAUUAGUAGAAGAAAUCUCUCUUAGGGAAUACCUUACAUUGCUGAAAUCACAAGUCUUUCUGAUUCUUGGCAUUUGAGAUCAAAUUAUUUAUUCUAAUUUGAAAGUACAAUGCCUUUCUGUAAUUUGAGAUAUCAUCUUAUAAGUUUCAUCUUUUUCUUUGUUAUGCCUCAUCAGUGAUUGAAUCGAUGGUUAUGAUUGAAGACAGCUCACAAGUUAUAAGAAAACAGUGCUUAUUAUUGUUAUGCGUGAACCCUCUAGAAAUUGAUUUUUCCUUUCCAACCUUUUGUCCCUUGUUUUUAUUAUAUUUGUGGUAUAUUUGUGUGGGUUUAAUGCUUAUGGAAUAGUUUAGUUCAUUUCCCCAUGUUAAUGCUUUUCCUUUUAACUGAUUUUUAUUAUAGAUUGUUCUCUUUAUAUUGUUGAAAUACUAACCUUGGUUUGUUUGCAGA